AUGGCGGAGGACAAGCAGACGGGUUACACUCUACGUGUCAAGCUGGAAAAAAGAAAAUCGCCAGAUAUCAUCAGUGCUUCAAGAUCAGAAACCGUUUAUGAGAGAUUUAGAAAACGACUGAAAAAAGAUCCAGUUGCAUAUGAAGCCUAUAAAACAACAGAUGCAGAGAAACAAAGAAAAUACAGAAGAUCACUUACAGCUGACAAAAGAAAAGAGUACAAUGAAAAAUGCAAAUUUAGAAUGAAGAAGUACCGCUUAAAGAAAAACAGAGAUGGUAUUGUGCCAAAUGAAAAACCCAGUACAAGAAAGCAAAUUGAAAAGAAAAGACAGUAUUGGCGUAAGAAGAAGCAAGAACAGAGAAUAAACAUGUCAUUGGAACAAAGGCAAAAGGGAAACCGUGAACGAAGAGAACGAUACAAGAAUGCAAAGGUAAAAUUAAACUUUGAAACACCAAAAGCUAAGGUAGCAGAAAAAAGGAUGCCAAAAUCACCUGAGAAAUUUGCAGCAAUGUUGCAAAAUGCCUUGUUUAACACAACUCCCAAGAAAAAGGAGGCUUGUCGGAAGAGAGGAAUUUGCAACGAUUUAAAGAAGCCACAUUUGAAAAUUCAGGGCAAGUAUGAAUGUGUUGAAAAAACCCUUUGUCCAAAGGAAGAUGAUGAGUCUCGUUUCCACAAGUUUGAGUGUUAUCAACGGAACUGUAAAACAUGUGGUAUUGCACAACUACAAGAGCACUUUAGUGAGUUGAACAAGUCAAAUAACCAGAAACAUCAUACAAAUGGAAGCGUUGGCAGUUAG